UCUAAAUCUCUGGGAAGUUUCCGCCUCUCACCAUCGGGGGGCAACAGCUACAACCUCCGUCUUCGCCUGGGGAAGGAAAAUCGAAACUCCUCAAUGAGUUCACCUUCAGAUAAAUAGUUUGUCCCCCCCCUCCCCUCUCUCCGCAAACUUUAUAUUUUUAACGUGUGGCACAAUGAACGGCUCACUGGACUCUCCACUCAACUACGUGGACAUUAAGCUUAAACGAGGACCGGCGGGUUUAGGAUUCAAUAUAGUUGGGGGCGUGGAUCAGCUUUAUGUCGUGAAUGAUAAUGGAAUUUAUGUGGCCAAGAUAAAGGAAGAUGGAGCAGCAGCGCAGGAUGGACGGCUGGAGGAGGGGGACAAGAUCCUGAUGAUAAACGGCAACCCGCUGGACAAUCUGACACACAAAGCGGCGGUGGAUCUGUUCAGGAUGGCGGGGGAGGACGUGGAGCUCCGCGUGCUGAAAAAGUCGAAUCGUCAUAUGAACGGACCCACUGACCCACAACCCGAAAACCAGUCUUCUCUGCCCCUGGUGGGAUUUCUAUUGUUUGGAGCCGCCGUCGCCCUCAUCUCCGUCAUCAUUUACAAACGGCUCAAUUAAGCAGCACUUUUAACCGAGCCCACGGCGUCCGUCUGUUCAUUUUAACAUCAAAAACUUUGCUGAAGGCCAAAGAGUGCAAAAAGGGAGGAAAGUCAGAAAAGUAGACUUUUUUUUUUUUUUUUUUCCCCUCCUCGUUUUGAUUAGCAGGUAAUGGUGUCUGUACUGAGUUUCUCCAUCUUCAUGCGUAUCUUUGUGAUUAGUGGUAGCUUCUCGACACCCACACCAUGCAAGAGGACGUGCUCCCGCCACAGAGGGGGAUUUUUGCAUUGAGAGACCUGCGACGUGAGGAGAUGAAGGAUGAACGCAUUCCUGCUGCUGAGCUGAGCUCCUGCUGAGAAACAAAGGCCUGCCCGCACACCCAAGCCAUGUGCAGACCACCCAAAAAAAAUCCCUCAGGUCAGGUCAGGCCCCGACACAAGCUCGGGAGUUCAUUUGUGCUCAAAGUGCCACUGGGUUUGGCUUUCAUUCAGCCUGGUGUCCCGGCACAGCUGGUUGGAGCGUCUUCCAGAUGUGCUGCCCAUACCGAGCUGCCGGAGCCGCAAAUCCUGCAAGUAACGCGAUCCAUUAACCCAUCAGGGAAUUUCUUUUCUCGAGUGCCUUCCCCUGCUUUGUCCGCGAAUUAAUUUUGUUCCUCCUCGUCGCGUUCUAAAUGACAGUCAAUCCAUUCAUAUGUUUUUUUUUUUUUUU